AUGGGUCUCUUCACCAAGAAAAAAGAGGACAAGGACACAUCCUCCGCCAAUCACAACAACACACAGCCUGCAAAGCAACGCCCACCACCCUCUCCAAACGGACUCAACGGCAUCUCCAACAGCAGCAGCAGUCUCCAGAAUGGCAUGCCUUCUAACGGCGGCCCAAACGGUGGCGGUUAUAACAGCGGAUAUGCCUCUGACUCGUUUUCCAAUAACGGUCCAAGGAGUCCCAUGAGCCCCUCCUUCCCCCACCACCAGAACGGUCAUCCUCCUCCUCAGUCACCCACGAGUGGACCCCCUUCACCGUUGCAAUCUCGGAACUCUGGUGGACCCCCAGGCUCGACGGCAGCAGCUGCAGGACUCUUGGCGACCCCACAACUGUUCUGGGCCCAGCGUCGGAUCCUCGGCACCAACCCUUUCCCAAGGUUCCAACACACUAGCUCUAUUAUCGCCAACGGGACUGAUAUCUUUUUGUAUGGAGGCGCUCAACGUGGAAUUUCAAAAGGGGACCUCUUUGUUAUUGACUCUGUUUCUUUGCAGUGCCAGGCUGUCGCUGUUGUUGGUGCCGAUGCACCCAUGCCAAAGAGUGGGCACUCUGCCGUCAGUAUAGGCCAAUAUAUUCUCUAUUUCGGCGGUUGGGACUCCAUGUCCGGUCAAUGCGAUGAUACCCUGCACGUUUUGCACACGGCACGAAAGGAAUGGAACAGGCCGCCCCUCCAAGGACCCUUGCCUACCCCUCGCCACUCUCACACUGGAUGCAGCGUUGGAACGACAAUGUAUAUCUUUGGAGGACAGCUCGACAACUUUUACCUUGACGACAUUGCAGCCUUUGACAUGAAGACCAUUACCCAGAGUCCAAGGUGGGAAAAGCUGGAGCCUCAAACAGAGUCACCCCCAGGUCGUUCCGGCCACUGUGCGGGUGUUCACGAUGGCAAAAUUUACGUUUUCGGAGGAGCAGACGCCGACUACUUCUACAACGAUAUCUGGUGCUUUGACCCUCGCGCUCUCACAUGGACCCCGAUCCCGGCAUCUGGAUACUUGCCCACUGGUCGUCACGGACAUGCCUGUACAGUUACCGAUGGAACAAUGUACAUCUUUGGCGGAAACAGCCCUGAUGGCACCGAGCUGAACGACGCCUAUGCUUUUAAGAUUCACGAGCGCCGGUGGUACUUGUUCCAGAACGUGGGACCUGUUGCUAGCCCUCGCAGUGGUCAUACCAUGUGCGCUAUCAAGGACAGAAUCUUUGUCCUCGGAGGAGAAUCGGAGCAAACCAAGCAGGAAGACUCCGCCUUGAUCCAUGUCCUCGAAUUAUGUAAGCCCAAGACUGAGCUCUGA